ACUCGAAUGUUGGUGGAACUGUUAUCAAUAAAAUGUCGCUUUCGAGAUGGUGAAUUGUUGAUCAUUGUUUGUCUUCUGAUAUUCCUUGUAACUGGAAUCAUGCACGAUCCAAGUGAGAGGAAGAAUGAAAUAGAAAAUAAAUUAGCAAAGGAACAGAAUAACCUAAACCUACUGAAAGAAAAGGUGAAUCGCAGUAGUCAGCUUACAAAGGGAAUGGUUGGGAUUUUGUCAUCAUUUGAACAUCGUUUAGCUCGUUUGGAGGAAACAAUUCUGCCUGUGUAUAAUGAGACAGGAAACUUACAACGGCGACAAGAAAACAUUGAACGCACAUUGAUGGCAUUAGAUCACGUCAUAGCAUUUUAUGGGGUGAGUCAGGAAGUGGAGCCUGUUGUUCGGGCAGGUCCUGGACCAAUUGCAAAUGGUGGCUCAGGAUUGGAUGUUUUCCUGGAGGCAAUGAAUAAACUGCAACUUGCACAGGAGUACUUUGAGAAAAACAAUCCACAAAGUGUUGAGCUGGAGAAUGUGUCAACUCUGUUUAAUUCUGGUGGUGAUGCUCUGAAUCGAGAAUUUAAGGACUUGCUGUUCCGACACAGCAAACCUGUUUCUCCGAUCAUGCUACUUGAGCUUGUUGAAGAAGAAACUGCUGCCUCUCUGAACCAUUUCCCAGAAGCUGUUUCUAGUGAGCUGAUCUGCAUUGCGGAUUGGCUCAUCAUGCACAACCGAGAUGAAUACAUGAAUGUGUAUGCACGUGUGCGUGCUACUAUCUUACUUAAAUCUUUACAACAACUGAAGGAACAGCAGAGAUCAUCUAGUGGUGGAAGUAUACAGAGUGUGCCAGUGGCAAAUUCCCCAAUGGUGAGACCAAAAUUUCAAACUCCAGGCCGAAGAGCAUCUAAAAGACUGCAGAUGUUCGAGAAAAAAGCUAACAAGAUGCUACAGAUUGCUACGCAAACUCUGGAACAUUCUACAGGUUUCAGUCUUGGAACUCGACGUUCUGCAUUACAUUUAGAAUCACGAGAAGACAUAGUGGAUGAGCAAGAGAUGGAGAACUAUCUGGUAUGUGUGAUGGCCUUGCAGCGGCUGAUGCAGAGUGAACGCUCGCUCAUGGUAGGCAUUGUGCCUCUACAACAUCAGCACCAAGUGUUCGAGAUUGUUAUCCGCGAUGCCAUGGAUAUGGUGGUUCAAGAUGGCGAGAGUAUAGCAUCUCGAGCCAAACGUUGCAUCAACCGCCAUGAUUUUGCAGCAGUACUGGUAGUGUUUCCAAUAUUGAAACACCUGCUCACAAUGCGUCCUGAAUUUGAACGGACUGUGGAAGGCUGUGAUUACAAUGUUCGCUCAAAGUUUGCCUCAAUCCUCAACACUUUGCAUGGCACAGGAGCCAAGGCUCUGGAAGACUUCAUUGAGAGUGUCCGCUCAGAUCCAAGCACACAGCUACCAAAAGAUGGGACAGUUCAUGAACUGACAAGCAAUGUGCUGGUAUUCUUGGAGCAACUUCUUGAUUAUGUGGACACUAUAGGGGGCGUGCUCGCUCAGGAUCCUGUGUACAGUAAUGCAUUAACUCUGAUACCAGGACAUGGCAAAGUGGACAAGAACAAGGCUCUAGUGGGGAUAUAUAUCAAGAAGGUGUUGGUACAGUUAAACCUGACACUGGUUGGUAAGAGCGACCUAUACAGUGACAUCUAUCUGCGGGCAGUGUUCCGCCUCAACAACAACCACUAUGUUUUGAAAGCACUGCAACGUGCAGGACUGCUAGACCUGGUUCAGCUGUCAGAGCCUGACUGUGAGGAGAGCUACCAUGAUAUGAUAAGGGAAAACAAGAAGGCCUACUCACAAAGUUGGAGUCGAGUUCUGAGCCAUAUCUGGGGGACUGAGGAUGCACCUGUAGCUAUGGCACAUGCAGGAAAGUUAAGGGAUAAGGACAGACACCUGAUCAAGGAGAGAUUUGCUGGUUUCAACAAGGAAAUGGAAGAAAUUGCUAAAGUCCAACGCAGCUACUCGAUUCCAGAUGUAGAACUACGAGAAAGUUUGAAGAGAGACAAUAAGGAGUACAUACUUCCAAAGUAUCACGCUUUCUAUGAAAAGUACAGCACUGUUCCUUUCACCAAGAACACAGAGAAGUAUAUCAAGUAUGCCCCAGCACAGGUAUCAGCACUGAUAGAUCGUUUCUUUGAUGUUGCAGCCUAAGUUGUAUAAUCUUGUGAAAAUAGGAAUACGGUGUAUAUCGGAGUGUACUGUAUCCUGGGAUGUGAUUUCAAUGUAGUCUGGUCGAAGUUCACUGUUGCUUCAGAGGAGUAUACUGUGGCCCAUCUUCCUAGUCAAAGAGUAAGUGGAACAGCAAACAAGAAACAAAGUUCCACUUGCUGCUAGCAUGACUUACCCUUCGACCCUGAAGAUGCGUUCAAUACAUUCAUCUGAAACAUCAGUAAACUUCCAUCAGGCUAUCUGGUGUCACAACCAGAAGAUGGGAUACUUCAUAAUCAGUGCUUUGAGAACCUCAAAUCUCAUAUGAUGCAUAUUUACUGCAUAAAAUUAUACAUUUCUAAAUAAAGAAAAUAUACUAUCAAGAGGACUUUGUGUCUUGAGAUGGAUCCUUAUACCAGCGUGGCCAAAUGUCACCCCCAUUGGUCACUUAUGGCCUCUAACAACUUAUUUUCAUUCACAGCUCAAGCUCCAGGAAUCACAGCCCUUUAUAUCAAACUCAUUUUCACCCAACUGCUCAAGAAAUCCCUCACUUUUUAUGGUAUCUGACAAGUCAUUGCUGUAUUUACAGAAUCCCACCACUGAAACCUAUGUUGUGAUAUAUCAUAAUAUGCUACAUUUUUAAAGGUAGGAAUUGUUAGCCUUUUGUCCAACCCCCAAGUUGCAGGGAAGCACUUAUCUGUCUGCAGCUGCUUAUUCAGCAAAUCAUUGAUAACUAAAAUUUUUGUGUAUGCUGUGAGAAAGUUCAGAAUAUUUUAGAAUUAGUCUCUACAAUUGGCCAAAAUCAGAAAAUGCAUUAGAACUACUGUAUAACAAAGUUCAAAAUUAUUUCAAAAUUCAUGCUAUUACAUGCUUGACUUUAGUCAGUGGUCACUUCUAACUUUAUUUAUGUUUAGUUAGGCCAGUGGAUGAAAAGUGUUGAUAUUGUUAUAAUUUGUUUAUAUCCACUCUUUAUUGUGAUAAUAUCUUGUAUAUAUAUUUUGUAAUAUACUACACCUAUUGUUUUGAGUAUAGUAAUUUAACAGGAGGAAAAUGUAGUAACAGGAUUGUCUAAACACUGUUCAACAUAUUACAGAAAACGAAACAGUGGCAAUAUUUGUGUCAUAAGGAUGACGUAUGGGUAAUCACAUGUCAUUUGCUAGUGAUUCAAACCUAGGAUACAUUGAAGAUUGUGGUAGCAUGGUACACAACAACCAAACUCUGAUGUUUCACUACUUUCAUACCUUCUGAACUGGUGAAAACUGAUGAAAGACUGUUUUAGAAGCUAUCCUUAUGUAACCAAUUUGUUCAGGUCAUUUGAAGAAAUGUGUGUGCCACAGAUAUGAAAACAAAAACGUUUCUUGUAAGUUAUAGUAUGAGGGUUCUCGUCCUUCUUUGUUAGUAGCUCCGUUUUUAAAUGUGUCAUAUGUCUGCUACUAGCUAAAACUGACAAGUAUUUAAACAUUGUUAUUGAUAUAUACAUAUAUUUUCCAAGACAGUGUGUCUGACUUCUUUCCAAAAACCCACAUGGCCAACAUGUCAUCU